AUUUUGAACAAACGAAAAAUGCAAGCCGAGGAAUAUGGAAGAGUUGUCCAUAGGAGGGUAUUAUGGUCCUCUCAUCCAUGGCGGAGAAAAUGCCGGUGCCCUCGAGGUUCGAGCUCACCUCAGCCCAGUCCAUUUUACAACCCACUGUGCCGGUGAGGAAGGUGAGGUAACCGGCAACUCACAGGCGGCGAAACCAACCUUUGGGGAGACAGAGGCGAUGCUGAGGAAGGUGGUGGGCGGCGCUGUGCAGCCAUGGCGCUUGAUCGCACAACGCCGUUCGAGUAGCGUAUCCUCCGCCGUCGACUCCAUUUUGCUACGCUCUCUCAGAGAACACUAUCUUGAAGUCUCCAAAAUGAGUCCUCCUCCUAAGGUGAGCCCUCCGUCUCCAUUCUCAAUCGUCAAAGGCGCGCUCGAUGCUAACGGCCCUGUUCUGAAGCGAAGCUAUAAUGAGGAGGAGAUCAGCAUAUACGUAAUGCGGUUAGCUAACAUUAUUCCCGACGGGGGUGGAGAGGAUGAUGGGGAUGACGGCAUUAAUCAGCUAUUUCUUCACGUUGAUGUUUCGAAGCCCGGCCAGAAGGAGUCUUUGCAUUUUCUGUGUGGGCUAUAUCCGGACGCAUUGGGAAUACACUCUGUUUCGAUGCGGCCCAAGCUGGAGUCAUCGGGGUUUCCUGUGGUUCCAUCCAAAUACAAUGGCCCAGUUUUCGAAGAUUUGGACGAAAGAAUGAGAGAUGCACUUCACAGCUACAUAGAAGAGCGUGGUGUGAAUGAGAGUCUCUUUCCAUUUCUUCAGGCAUGGCUUUAUGUGAAGGAUCAUCGGAAUCUUAUGAGUUGGUUCAAAACAGUUGGUAAGUUCAUUAAUGAACGGAAGCAUGCUCAAGAAGAAGCAUAAUACACUAAGAAAUUAUUCAAGAAGAUUAUGUAAUUAUCUAGUCAAAAUGGUAGACUGCCUCAUAGUAAUUCCUGUAUCUGCUAUACAUCAGCUGGUGAGUAUAGGUUAAGCUUUUCGGCGAGAUCAGUUUUGCAAGGCUAUUGUGAUACAUGCUAUUAUUUUUUUCCUUCAGUUUUGAGUUGUAGGCGCCACACAUGUUGAUCACUGAAUAUACAUUCUCAUAUUAGAAUCUUCAAAAUAUUUCAACUGCCAGGAUAUGUAAUUUUGCAAUCAAUUGUUGCACUGGAUAUGUUUUUUUUGUGAUCA